UAUAUAUGGAUUUGACUUUUAACACCAACAUUUCUUCGCACAGUUACCUGUAGAAUUUUCCAGUCCGUUGAGUUGUACGCUGCGGUACAACUAACAAGUUCCGAUCGUGUUCUUCGUUGUUCUGGAAUUUCCCAGUGUAGCCAGAGGAGCGCAAAAUGGAAGGGAAAAUCGGUUCGAGCAGUGACCAGGACGGCUCUGACAAGCCGCAGGAACUCUCGGAGAUCAUCACCUACGAAGCGGCAUGGGACAUCUACGCUGUGGGAUGGAGUGUGCGCAAGGACAGAAAGUACCGACUCGCCAUCGGAAGCUUCCUCGAAGAGCCAUCCAACCACGUCGAAAUCGUUCAGUUCGAUUAUCCUCCCGGACAGAUCCGCUCCGACGCCGCCUUGUCAUUCGAUCACCCGCACCCGCCCACUAAACUCCAAUUCGUACCGGAUAAGGAAUGCCAGCGCCCAGACUUACUCGCCUCGUCCUCCGACUUUCUACGCCUCUGGGAAAUAUCUGAUUCGGACGGCGGGUGCAGCGUAGAGCUCAGGAGCUUGUUGAAUGUGAACAGUGUGUAUUCGGGGCCGUUGACGUCCUUUGACUGGAACGAAUCGGAGCCGAGGAGGAUUGGAACGUGUAGCAUCGACACGACUUGUACGAUUUGGGAUAUCGAGAAAGAGGUGGUCGAGACGCAGCUGAUUGCGCACGAAAAGGAGGUGUAUGACAUUGCUUGGGGCUCGGAUUCAGUUUUCUCAUCGGUCUCCGCGGAUGGUUCGGUUAGGAUUUUCGAUCUUCGAAAUAAGGAUCAUUCGUCGAUUAUGUACGAGAGUUCGGAGCCGGGGACGUCGUUAGCUAGGGUUAGCUGGAACAAGCAGGAUCAACGAUUCCUUGCUGCUUCCGUAAUGGAUAGCAGCAAAGUGAUUGUGCUGGACCUACGCUUUACUUCAAUGCCAGCGGUGGAAUUGCAGCGGCAUCAGGGGAGUGUUAACGCCAUUGCCUGGGCUCCUCAUAAGUAUUAUCACAUUUGCACGGCUGGAGAUGACUCUCGAGCUUUGAUUUGGAGCCUUUCGACGACGGAGCAGCAGAUUGAGGGCUGUUUGGAUCCGAUUCUGGAAUACUCUGCUGAGGCCGAGAUUGAACAGAUGCUGUGGACGUCUUCACAGCCUGACUGGAUUGCAAUUGCUUUUGCCAAUAAGCUGCAGCUUCUGAGGGUAUGAAAGAGAUGUGAGUUCGACAUCUUCUAGACCAUUCCAUUGCAGGCGAACAAGGUUGGAUUGGAUAUACAUAUACAUAUACAUAUGUGAAGUCUUCACUUCCAGGUUAGUUUUUAUCUAUGUUCUCUGAAACUGCUUGAAUCUGUUAUUUCUCUUUUCGAAAUGCUAGUUAAUAAUUAAUUCCCUGGUGGGUUUUGCUGGAUACUUUUUUUAUCGUUAUCUUUAGAGAAAUAAAGAACAACCCUUACGAAUAUAUGCCCUAUGUUUUUCUGCACAAGUUUGUUAUAAAUCAGCCAGCCCGAUUGAAUACUUGAAACAUUGAGAAGUUCUUGGCAUAGGAAACUGUAAUUAAUAUUCCCUCGAGGGUCUAUUGAUUUCACUUUACAAAAUGAUCUUAUUCGUUUCUGGGCUUGUUUUGGUUUAGACUAUUAAUCAAGAAAAGGGCCAUCUAUAAACACCACGAGCUGACUUGCAAAUGUGGUGUAGAUGGGGUCUUUUUGGUUUCAGACAUACCCUCAGUUGGGCCAAGUAUUUCGAACCUAGAUAAUGCUUUACUGUGAUAUGGGCCUUUUUGAAGUCAAACUCCAUUCGUGUCUCUGUAAAAUAAGAAUGUUAUUAUAUCAGGCAGACAGGCUCCUGUGAAAUAGUAGAAGAAUAUUUUCUUUGAACAAGUCAUAUCUAAAGUAUGUAGUUUGUUUAGAAAUAAAUAGAUAAAUCGAACUUAAUACAUUAAAGACCCUUCGAUACACAUAUAGCCUUAAUUAUUAGGAUCCUGAUCCUGAGAAGAUGGGGCCUCAUCUUGUACAUUAGGUUAGGACACUUUACCUAACCCAAAUCCAACCCAUGAACUAUAUUAACUUAUGGACAGCUAGCUCCUCCCCCCUGGCCUACAAUAUCUAUGGGAUGCCUUUGCAAUCUUGAAAGUGCUUCACAAGUUAUUUUCUUACAUGCCUAUCCAUCCAUCCCUAAUUGAUAUUAUAGCAUUAUUCCCACAUUUUAUAGUAUUUUAUUUAUUUAAAAGAAAAAAGGCAAUAAAACAAUCAAAGAGCAUUGUGUAGUAAAUUAGAUAUAAAGGUUUAAUAAUGAGGCCCACCAUAUGCAUCACAUUAUAUGUUUUUGGUAUAUGGUCCCCAGUCCCCAUCAUGUGUCUGCAUUUCCCUACUUUUCACCUCAAUAAUUCUCCCCCAUCAUUAAUUUUUUAGCCCUGUUUUCUAUGUACCCAAAAUUCUUUUCAUACUUAUUAUUAUCAAUAAUAUAUAUUGUAUAUAUGUAUAUUGGUUUCCUGCUAUCCCCUCCAAUUUCUUGUUCAAUCUUGAUCAUAUGCUGGUUAAUGCACAACUCAGAAGCUUUACACAGUUGAAACUAACACUGCCUUACUUGAACUAUCUGUGUUGAAAUUGAACUUUUGAUGGGUUAUUUGAUUCAUGAGUUGGUCCCUUGAUUAUGCAAAAAGAAAAGAUGUCAUGGAAAGGGCCAAUUUGAUUCCUUGUUUGUUGGAGAUGUAAUAAUAGAGAAAAUGAUUAGGAAGGUCGGAAUUAGAAGAGCACAAUUAGAACAAUUUGUUCAUCUUUAU